AUGACUGCAGCGGUGGAAUCCGUGUUGGAUCUCAACAAGCGCUGGUACGACCGGCAGCUGCCGCUGCGUGCCUGCAGUCUCAAGGAGGUGGCGAACAGUAAUGUGCAGAAGGAGGAGAUGGACGCGAUGUACCGCGAGGCGCAGGAACUCUUAGACGCCGAGACCGCACAGAGUCAAGCCGAUAAGGGCCGCUGGUACAACGCACAGUUCCUCUCACGUGGUACCACAACUGAUAAGAUUGCCUCUGCUGCUGUGAAGUUGAGUGAUACAGAUUUUAUGUUCUUUCUGGAAGGAUUUAAUUUACUUUUUGAUACCGCACGUACAGAUACACAUCACUAUGAGGCGGCACUUAAAGCUCUCGCUGCUAUUUGGCCUAAAUUAUUACCACGUCGUCCACUUAAGCGAUUUGUUUCACAGUUCUUCGCAACACUUCCAACGGAUCCGAAGAGUCGACAAACGGUACUUCUCUAUUGGUAUAUUGAAGAUUAUUUAAAGCGUACGUACGCACAGUUCCUCUCACUCGCAGAAGCGAUGCUUAAAGAUCGCUUACAACAAAGACGUGAAGCCUGGUUGGAAGUAGUUGGAAAACUUAUGUGCAGUGUGGCAGAAGGAAGACAUGUCGCAAUGGCAUUAAUAGUUGAUAAACUUGGUGAUCCAAGCAGUGGGGUGGCACAUAAGGCUUAUCAUCAUCUUCUUGCACUCCUUACAGAAUCUUCCACACAUCAGUCUAUGUUAUUUGUAGAGUUGGAAAAGGUAACUUUUAUGAAAAAUUGUCCAGUAAGUACAAUGAAAUAUGCAGCAAAUGUGAUGAAUCAAUUUGUUUAUACUAAGGAAGAAAGAAAACUGGCACUAAAAAGUGUUCAAACUUAUUUAUCACUCUUUCGUCAACUUGUGGUAAAUUCUUCGGUGGAUCUUACAGUAACAACAGCUAUUCUUGUUGGUCUUCGUCGUGCUUUUCCAUAUGCUGGUACAGAUAUUGCACCUCUGGAAGAACAUUUAAACGCUCUCUUUGUUUUGGCUAAUACUGGAAAUUUUACCCAGCGUGUGGCUACACUUUCCUUAUUACAACUUAUUGCCCACAGUAAAGGAGCUACUGAAGCAUUUCAAAACCGUUGGUAUCGGGCACUCUACAAUUUAUUAUUAAUUUCACCUAAACAACUUUCACAUAAUACCCAAAUGACUGGAUUUUUCACCAUGUUACAUAAAGCACUACGUUUAGAUAAGAAUGAAGAACGUGUAGCUGCCUUUGUACAUCGUUUAUUACAAAGAUCUUUGUAUUUCAGUGAAUCUGUUAUAUGUGCUAUUUUAUUAUUGGUUGGUGAAGUUCUACAAGCACAUCCACGUGUUCGUAAUCAGAUCUUAGGACCUCGCAAAACAUCCACCUCAAUGGAUACAGAACGCUACGAUGUGAAACACCGUGAACCACAAUUUGCACGGGCUACAAAUGAUUCUAUAUGGACAUUAGGUUUGCUUGCACGGCAUUCCCAUCCUUCAGUUGUAAAACUUGCUCUUGUUUUAAUGUUUAAUGAAGACAUUGUUUUUGAUAGUCACCCACUUGAUGAACUCACACUGCCAAAUUUUCUGCAGAUGUUUGUUGAUGCCAAGACUCAACCGAAGGAGGAGGAAAAAGAAGCGAAAACGGGAAUGUCUGUAUUCCGCCGCACAAUUCGUACACCAAAUCUUCCCAGUGCCUCUGAUCCAUACUUUAUUAACGCGAGUGCCCAACAAGUGGAUGUAUCGGCACUCUUUCUACACCGUUACGCCGUGCAGCGUCAACGUUUUGUGGAUGGACUUUCACAAGUGCGCAGUACGUGGGGUGAUACAAGUGGAGAAGUGGAUGUUGCGUUGCGAGUGGCCGACAUUGAUGCUUCUUUGUUUGGUCCUUCCGGUGCCCUUGCGGCAGUCAACACAACAACUGGUGGAAGCAGCAGCAAUGGUAAUGAUGAGAAGGAGAUCAAAGAGGAUGAUAAAAAGAAGAACAAGAAGAAUAAAAACAAAAAGAAUGCAAAGAUUGAUGUACCGAAUGAGGCAGUGGAAUUGGAUGAAGAUGUUCCUAGUUCUGACAGUGAGGCAGACAAUGCAAGUGAUGAUAAUAUGGAGAAGGAUGACUUUGACGCCGUAGGAACAGAUGCUGACUUGGAGUGGGGCAGCAGUGAUGAGGCGGCGUAUGAUGAUCUCGACGAGGAAGAUGAGGAGGAGGAUGAGGGCGAGGAUGAUGACAGCGUGGCUCUGGGAGGAAAGAAGAACAACAGCGUGGCCGCAGCGGAGGGUGAAGACUUCGCGGAACUGUUGGAAUCCAAUCGUAGUGGACUUUCAAAGAAGCGGCAGCGUGAAGAGGCGUGGUUGGAGCGGGCCACAUCCACAACCACACACACACCAAGACAACAACAACAGCCAUAUCAUCAUCGCCAACGCCGCCGUAUGUGA